AUGGGUAAGAAAAUGUGGUAAACUACUCAUCCGAGAAAAUUUGGUAAUCACGUGACCGUACACCGACCGACCGACCGAGAGACCGUCCGUACCACAGGCAUACCAAUAUAAAAUAAUUCAAUCAACAGCUAUCGCAACCGAAAUCAACUCAAGGUUUUAUUUGGAAAGAAAUGGCCGCCCGGACUUUUAGAAAGAAAAAAACAACAAAAAAGCGUCUUUUUUCGACGAUCUUUUUGCCGGUUCCACGUGGAUAACAGAGAAAGAGCUAGAGCGAGUGAUUGAAAACAAAAGAGACGAAUUUUGUAGGAAGAAAAACAUGAAUAUUCAAAGCGAUGGUGAGACAAUGAGAAAUGCUAGCGGCCAGCAAAGCGAAAAUGAGCGGCAGUGGAAAACAAAAGCGAACAUGAACACAGGAGACAAAAUAUUGGGUAAGCACAUACGACAAUUCCGCCAUAAAAAUAAUGUGUAACUAGGAAGUUUGACGUUUUAGUCCUACAAAACAGCGUUGCAUUUGUUCAAAACAACGGCAAAGAAAGAUAAAAAGCGUGCUGCACGUGCAAAUUUGCUUUCUUGCAAAUUAGAAAAAAAAGUGUGCUGCACGCGCAUGCAGUUUGUUUGUUUGUUUGUUUUCUAAUUGGAUCUAUUGAUCUUGAUGCCAUUUUCAUUGCCGUCCCCGUUUAGCAUUACCCGAUUUAAUUUUCUUUUGUUUAUAAGUGUUAUUAACCAGAGCUUCGCUUUUAGCCCUGGCUAAAUCUAUGUAUUAUUAGAACGUGUGAGACUGACCUGUAGGUACAUAGUCUAAUCGACGCAGGCUACGUGGGUUACAAAGCCCAAGUUUCGCAUUUCAGGGUUAAAAGUACAUCGCUUUAAGACAUCGACGGGAAGGAAAAGUUCAAAAGAAUGGUUAGUUUCAGUUUAUUAGACAAAGGAAGGGUUUACUUAACAAAAUUGUCCUUCGAGGAAUUCGAAAUUUUCUUCAUGGCAGAUAGUCCAAAAAACGAGACUUGUAUAAUCUUAAUCUUUGAGUAGAAAGCAUCACAAAAAUGCAUGAUAGCAAAGAUAGAACGGUAGCUUUCACUUUGUAAAUCGAAUUUUAAAUUUGCCACUCAAACCAUUCUUUUGGUCGCCAUCUUGGAUUUAUAAACAAACCUUUGAUUUGCUCUAAAAACACACGAUUUUUAUUUGGAAGAAUAUUUGAACUACUAGGUAUCUGAAAUAUUAUUUUAGCAUUGUUAAGGUUAGUCAAGAUACGAUGACGUCAUAUAUGACGUCACAGUGAUCGCCUUUUCCUCUUAGAAUUAGUGUUUUCAACUGAUAAUGAGAAAAUUGCCAUUAACAUUAAGUCAACAUUGGAAGUGCUUCUUCUUCACGUUACAAACCUGUUUCGUGUUGAAAUUGAAAAAUUUGACUUUUUAUGUGGAAAACGCCAGUUUGAAACAAAUUGGUACCUUUCUUUAACCCUUGGGUGACGGCCGGCGAGUAGCAAAAAACUGCACUUUUCACCAAGUCCUCUUCUUUGAACUGGUUUUCGGCUAAUUACCAUAUGUAAAAGAAUGGCUAAAAUGAAUUUUGCAACAAAAAGGCAUAUUUUCCGACUAAUUUCGUAAUAAGACAGCCGUUUUUUUUUUUAAGCAUGCGCACAAGCCAAAAUUUAAACUUUUUAUCUGCGAAUCUAUUUGGAUCUUUCUCUCUGGCUCUCUUUUUUACAUGGAAUUGUGGCUGGCCAACUUUUUAGGAAAGUGACCAAUUUAGUCUUGAAAGAGUAGCAGAUAAACAGGGCUUGGCAGUGGAAAGAUGUUGGCGUAUUUUAUAAUUUUUUUUUACUUUUAGGUUUACUUUUUGGACACUUUUCGGUACGCAGCUAAUUAAUAUUAUUUUAAAGUAUGUUUUUCUGAUUAUUCAAGAUUUGCGCACUUAGUUUACUACACGGUCACUAAAGCACCGUUUUUACUUUGAAAAUUCACGCGGUCGUUUAAAUGAAUUGUGGGCUAAAAUCUCCUAUAGUUCAGUUAGACUGAAUAAGAUCGAACGAGCAGAAAUCAAUCUUCACACGACUAUGAAUGACAUUGUCAUGAUAUUUCAAAGCCGUUCGGCAAAAGUCGAUCUACUAUUUCGCAAAUACCCACAACAGGGUUUUAAAACCAUAAUUUCCUACUGUUUACAAUAUCUUGAAGAGCUCCAGAAAGUCCGCCAAGUUCAAAAAGCGACGCACGCCGCACAGGGACUAUGCAAGUUUCAUGUCAAAUCAAAAAGGAAAAAAUAAUAAGAGUAAUAAAAGGACAAGAAAAUGAAAUAGUUAUGAUAUGAUAAGUACCUAGAUAUUUAUUUUGUUUUAUUUAAUUCAAUAUUUAUCCAGGGGCAUCCAAUUUAGUAGAGCUAGUCUAAAUGGAGCCCUGUCACACCACAAAAACAGAGACAUUAAAAUAUUAAAAUCAGACAAUUAAUUUAGUUACAAAGACAACAUGUACCACAGGCUUUAGCUUGAUUUUGAAUUCACCGAGGGUCUCUACUUGUCUAAUGAUUCUCGGUAGGGUGUUGUAGGUCCGAACACCGUUUAUUCUGAAGCUACCUUGGUAUUUAGUAGUUUUUGCGAGGGGAGGGCGCAGAAAAUCACUUCUGGUGUUAUAGCCAUGGAAAAGGUGCGCGUGUCUAAACUCUGAAAGUAAGUACGAAGGCGCUAUUCCGUGAAGACAGUUAUGGACUAAGACGUAUCUGACAUAAUUUCUGCUUGCUUGCAGGCUGGGCCAGCCAAGUGUUCAUUUUAACUCCUCAGCCCCGAUAGAUCGACCUUCAAUAAUACAUGCGGCGCUUCUAUUUAACUUAUAUAGAUAGCCUUUGCUCCCAGCCCCACAACUGUCCCAGACAGGCGAACAGUAAUCGAACAGCAGGACUAAAGUAUUGUAGAGCAUUUGACAAUUUGGCCUGGGAAGAAAAUUACGCGCUUGCGAUCGACACAGAAUACCUAAUCUAGACGAGAUCUUGUUUCCGAUAUAUUCUAUGUGGUGCUUCCAAGAUAGGGUGUUGUCUAGUAGGACCCCAAGAUAUUUAAACUUGUUAACUCUCUCUAAACGCGAGUUACUGAUUUCUAUAACUAGAUCGUCAGCCUCUGCGGUCCUCUGAUGGUUACCGACAAGCAUAAUCUUCGUUUUUUCAAGAUUAAGUUUUAGAAAAUUAGCGUGAAGCCAGCUUAGGACAUUAGUUAUGCCACUAGUUAAGUGAUUUAUAUAUAUUAAUAUCAUGGAUAUCAUAUAAGUUAAUAUUUUUUCUAAGGUUAGCCAUGAUUUCUUUUCUUUAUUUACGUAUUUGUCUUCGGUUUUCAAAAUAUCUAGUAAUGCUCCUAUAAUUAAUAACUUUUUUCUUAAGGUCUUCUCUGGUAUUUUUUUAAAGCUAUUUGACAUAUCAUUUUCUUUGCUCCAACACGAGAGAAGGAACUCUUUUGUCAGGUCUAGAUUUUUUUUUUAUUCCAUUUUAUUUUAGUAUCUUUAUUGUAUUUUUUUUUUAUGUACCAGUGGUGUGAAGUUAAUGAGCGUGUAAAAUAGUGAUGUGUAUUUGAUGUCCUAGAAAACAAGUUCAAAAUAUUUAUCGGCGCAUCUCUUUCGUCUAUGCAUUACGCAAAGACGGCUCAAAAUCACAUUGUAUGUAUCUGACAAGUUAAAAUGUUUUACGCUGCUACUACAAAAACUUUGAAAGUUCUACUACCACCUCAAUUAUUUUUUCACUGAAUAAGUUAAAAGAUCGAUGCGCUAUAAAUAACUUGGGCUAGUAUUUUCAUUAGUGGAUAUUUCUUCUUUACAUUGUUUGUAUAUUCGAACAUGAUUCCAAGUUGUGGCAAUGACAUCAACGUUCUUCGAAAACGCCAAUGAUGCGCCUCUUGGAAUUUACUUUAAAAUAUUGUUGUUACACUUACAGAACAAAAUUCUAAAAAUUGUUAAGUAAUGGCAGAAGGAGCAUUCGAACAUUAUAACCUACCACUACAUGUUUUGCCAUCUCCUGUAAAUCCUGAUUCACAUGCACAUUGAAAUGAACCUUCCACAUUAGUGCAUACACCGUCUGCAGAACAGUCGUGACCUUGUGUUGUACAUUCAUCGAUAUCUAUGCAAUUUUGAUGAAAGCAAAACAUAAAACUAUGGAAAAAAUGCGUAUCAGUUGUUGACAGUUACGGCAGGCUUUAUAUAAACUUACCAACGCAUGUGUUCCCAUCUCCUGUAAAACCUGAUUGGCAUUCACAUUCAAAUGAAUGGUCCACGUUAGUGCAUAUGCCAUUUAAUGAGCAGUUGUGAGUUUGCGUUGAACAUUCAUCGAUAUCUAAAGACGGGUGAAGGAGAAUAGAACCUGGAAUGAAUAGUAAUCUCAAUUUAUCGCUGAACUUAUAAAACUCAAACAACGCCGACUGAUUUGAUAUGCCACCCGACAUUAGUACCAUCGAGAGAAGGCAUUCCCAUUUUUAGAUUCAUAAACUUAUAGUGGAAGUAAGGCCAGAGGGUACAUGUCUUCAGCAGCCUCAGUAACCUACCAUGGCAUGUUUUCCCAUCUCCGGUGAAUCCUGGUUUACAUUUACACUGAAAUGAACCGUCUGCAUUGGUGCAUUCGCCAUUUGGAGAGCAGUCGUGCGUCUGUGUUGUGCAUUCAUUGAUAUCUAAAAACAGUUAUACCAAAAGGAAAAAAAAUACAACAAACAAGUUAAAACAUUAUUAAUUUUCUCCACGUUUAUCGUUUUGACUGCAUUAGUUCGAAAUAAUGUAUGCUUGACUAAAUACGGGGGGAAAGAAACACAACAACGAUGAUGAUGAUGAUGAUGAUGAUGAUGAUGAUGAUGAUGAUGAUGAUGAUGAUGAUGAUGAUGAUGAUGAUAAUGAUGAUGAUGAUGAUGGUGAUGAUAAU